AUGGCCGUCUUUCUGCUGUUGCUUGGCCUCGCACUGGUUCUUGUAGCCUCUUCAGAAAGCACAAUGAAGGGGAUUACAGAAACAUUUCCACAGGAAGAGAGUCAACCUGCUGCCAAACAGAGUGCUGGGGAGUCCAUGAACUCAACCCUGCCAAAUGAAAACAUCAGCCCCAGCAAAUCCGAGGAUGUGACAUCUGCCCCACCCCCAAAGUCCAGAAGGUCCUAUUUUGUCAUCCCCAAGGGAAACACUUUGAGUAACGACAAAAACUGUCUAAACGGCCUGAUAGUCUGGAGGAACAUUUUAGACGUGAACGAGUCACACCAGUUGGGCAGUAACUUUAUACAUGGGUCCAAGGAUGUGAUACACGGAGGUCCCAGGGCCACCGUCUGGAAGUGUGGACACACACCCAGCCUAAGCUGCCGUGAGAGCCUAGGACUGGAGCAUACUGGAGGGUGCAAGGUCGCUGCAGGCCGGCAGUGCCCCAGGUGCCAGGAGCACGGUGUCACCUCAGUAAAGAGAAUCUUGACGGUGCUGACAAGCCACUCUCUGAUGAGCUGGCUAGUUAGCGGCUCUAAGCUGUAA